AUGGCGGAAUCUCCCAAGCCAGAGUUCACUACUGAGACCCCGGAGAACUUGGAGACGGACGAGUUCGAUUCUCUUUUAACGGAGGUUACAGCCCGCUGCGAGAAGCAGACAGAGGAAAUAAGAAAAUGGCUCCUCUACACCCAAGACUUCCAACAGAGGAUUGCCAGCUCGUUGGAGCAUGAGCGCCGGAGACAGGCUACUGAGAGGGUUGUGCUGCCUGGGACCCCUAUGACGCCCAUAACCCCCAGAACACCCCGAACAUUGCAUUAA